AUGACAACAGGCCUUGCGGACCCUAAAGGUGCUCCAUACGCCCGUACACAAGGGGGCGCUGUGCCCCUUCCGAACCUUGGCUGCAGCCCGCCAGGGAGCUGCAAGGAGGAGAAGAAGAAGCAAAAGGAAGAAGACAAGAAGACAAGAAGACAAGAAGAUGCCAAAAGCUGGCCGCUAAAGUCGUGCAAGACAAACAUCAACAUGUUCCGACACUUGGUGAGGCAGCGACUCAUGGCGGCGGCGGAUGAAAUCUUGGCGCUGUUUGAAAGAACUCUGACGUCGUACGAGGCGGAACUUUCUAGAAGCAGAGAAGAGAAGGAGCGCCAUCGACGGCAACUGGACGCUGAUUGCAAGACUCAAAUUGAAGAUGUCCAGCAGCUGGUUGAUCGUCAUGAAAAGAGUCCCGUUCAGUUGCAAAGGAGGCCGAAGGAUUUGGGGCGAGCGGAAGAGCGGGAACUCGGGACUAUUAAGGAGGGGGAUCGUCUCCUCGGGCCGGAGGAAGCCGAACCCACCGAGUUGCAACUCAAUGUUGUCUCUGUGAAGAUUGAGGAUUAUGAAGAGAAACCACAAGUCCGUCGCGAGGAGAAUAAAGACGGGAAUGACACCCAAAAACCUUUGCGCGGCUUGAAGACUCGCACUGACAACAAGCGCUCGAAAAAAAAGAAGACGGGUAAAGAAUGUGUGAGCUGCUCAGUCUGUGCUAAAACAUUCACCCAGAAGGGCCAUUUGACUCAACACAUGAGGACGCACACGGGAGAAAAACCCUUUAGUUGUUCAGUUUGUCAGCAGCGAUUCUCCCAGAAAGGUACGAUGGUAAUACACAUGAGAACUCACACAGGAGAAACCCCGUUCAGUUGCUCGCUUUGUGGCAAGAGGUUCUCCCACGGUACCAGUUUGACCCGACACAUGUCGAAACACACCGGAGAAAAGCCUUUCAGUUGCUCCGUUUGCGGUAAAAGCUUCCCUCACCAGCUGCAGAUGAAAAUACACAUGCGGACGCACACGGGAGAAAAACCCUUUUGUUGCUCAUUCUGCGGCCAGCGGUUCUCUCAGAAGGUAGCGAUGGUGUCGCACGUGAGAGCGCACACGGGAGAGAAACCCUUCUCUUGUCGAGAGUGCGGGAAAAGAUUCGCCCGGAAAGUCAGCGUGGCGACGCACAUGAGGACGCACACGGGGGAAAAGCCCUUCGCGUGUUCCCUUUGCGACAAAACGUUCUCGCACGACGCGUCGCUGCGGUCGCACGCCAGAACUCACACGGGAGAAAAACCCUUCGGUUGCUCAAUUUGCGGGGAGAAAUUCUCCCGCAAGCUGACAAUGGCGGCACACGUGACGACGCACACGGGAGAAAAACCCUUUCGUUGUUCAGUCUGCGGCAAAAGAUUCUCUCAAAAGGCCAACCUGGCGUCGCACAUGACGACGCACACCGGAGAAAAGGCCUUCAGCUGCUCGGUUUGUGGCAAAAGGUUCUCUCAAAAGUCAAACAUGGUGACACACAUGAGAAAACACACCGGAGAAGCAGCUUGUCAAGAAGGCUCGGAGUCGGCCUCGGGAGAUAACGAGAUGAAAUGAAACAUACUUUUUGCUGUGACAGUUUUAAGCCGUCGUCGUGUGGGUUGCGUGACCAUUCAGGAACGACGUCGCUUCGCAAAGAUUUGACUCUUCAUUUUUCAAAAAAGGUUGCAGUGUCGCUCCGGUCUGCUUUUUCAGCUGCCGUUUUGUCGCCUUCGUCUGUGCUGGAUUCUGUCGCUCUUUGGCUCUCGUGGCUCGAUCUCUGAUCGCUCUCCUCAGUGCUGGGCACACUCCAACUCCUCUCUUCCUGAUCGCUCCUCCUUCUCCCCUUUUGUACAGCAGGAGGAGAUGCAUCAAUUGUGUGCCACGCACCUGACUUAGAUUGCAGCCUCUUCGUUCCGCUGCAUUCUCCUCCUCCUGGCCGCCAUCUUGAGCAGGGCCAAAGCGUGUCCUACCCCGCCGUCGGCUCCGCCUCUCCCCACGAGCUUACUUUCUUCUCUGACGAAGCUCUCAACUCGGAACAUUUGUAUCUCAAGUCGGCGUCGCCCACUGAAGUGAACUCAAAUCAAUAAUUGGUGCUUACCCCCUCCCCCCCCCUCCCCCCACGAUAGCACCGUUUUACCACCUUUUGAUUAGAAAAAACACCUUUAGAUUGGAAAUAUUACAUGGAAUCAAUGCAAUAAAAUGUACAAAAAGCCAAAAGCAGUGAAGUUGUCACGUUGUGUAAAUGCUAAAUAAAAAGAGAAUACAACAAAUCA